UGGGGAGUCUCAGUGAUCUGGAGUAUGGGAUGAAAAAUUUACUUUCUACUCCUAAAGUUCAGAAGCCUGUUUUUGAUGGUAAUGAUCAGACAGAGCCAGUAAGUGUCACUGGCCUAGAAACGUUCUCUCUGAGUUACAAGGUGCAAUGGCCGUUGUCCCUUGUGAUUUCCAGAAAAGCCUUGACAAAGUAUCAGUUGAUUUUUCGAUUCCUGUUUCAUUGUAAACACGUCAACCGCCAACUUUGUGAAGCAUGGCAAGUCCAUCAAGGGGUUCGUGCUUUUAACAAAUUGGGAACAACCAUCUCCUGCUCUGCAGUGCUUUGCCGCAGCAUGCUUAAAUUUAUUAAUAGCCUUUUACAUUAUUUGACAUUUUUGUAAGCUCUGUCUUAUUUUCAAUGGCAUAUCGUUUUAUUGUCAUUUUUUGGAACCAAAGUUCUUUUGUUCAUUGCAAUAAUUCCUUGUACGCCAUUCGUAGGUUCUUGAACCCAAUUGGCAUGUGAUGCACAAUAGACUUCUAACUGCAAAGAGCAUAUAUGAGGAUCAUGAGAAGGAAGAAGGCCAGGUGGAGGAGGUGACAGGACAGAUGGAGGGCAGGGCAGGCAAGCCUCUCACUAAGGCUUCUAGACAAGUUGGAAAGAACCCAAGAAAGAACAACACCAAGAAAGCCAAUGAAGCAGAUACUGUUGUUGAAUCUGUAGCAUCAGUUAGUACUACAAUUGAAACUGGACAUGUUUCUGAGGGGGUAAAACCCAAAGGCAGGGGAGCUCUGAAGAAGGCUCCUGCUAGAAAGAAAAUGCCGACUGCCGUUGAUAGUGAAGAGGAAGAUGAUGAGGUGCUCGAGCUAAAAGAACGACUGGUAGCGUAUAACAUUGAUUCUCCUUCAGAUCAAACAGGUAUAUGAUCAUCCAUGUGCAGUAAGCUUUCGGAUCAAAGUGAAGCUAAGAAUAGGGUGUUAGUUGAUUGCAAAUUGAUAACCAGUAGAUGCACAUCUAUGGAGUUUUCGCUUGCGAUUGUUGAGAAGCUAUUUGGCUGCGAGAAGGCAUUGGAUCUUACUGUUAAUGAGAAUUUUAAAUAGACAUAUAACUAUUAUGUUGGCAUUGUACUUUUGUGAAUAGAAA